GAUUAGGUGAAAAUGGCUCAGUAUUUGGCUCCUUCAGUGCAAUGGCAAACAAGGUUAACAAAGAAUGCAAUGGAAACAAGCUCAAUGACCUCAAAAAUGUGGAACUCUGUGUCAUUUAAGCAAAGCAAGAAAGGAGCAUUUAAAAGCUCCACAAAAUUUAGAAUUUGUGCUUCAUCAAGUGGAACUAUUAACAGGGUUGAGGAUUUACUAAACUUGGAUGUUACUCCUUACACUGAUAAGAUCAUUGCUGAAUACAUUUGGAUUGGAGGUUCAGGAACAGAUGUGCGCAGCAAGUCAAGGGUAUGUUGACUUUUGAUUACUUUAAUUAUUUAUUUAAAUAGUUUAAGAAAAUAAAUAAAAAGGU